CCCUCAUUGGUUUGUUUAUUGUGUACGUCACGAUGUAACUUCCGCCCGUUUACGAAAGUCGUACGCUGCUCGGUUUUUGUGUGAAUAUCAGACAGAAUUGUGCUUCAAAGUCAUCACUUUGUCGGUAGGAUGACAUCACAUCGUGUCUAAAACGGACAUACACUCUUUAAAACGGUAUCUCUGCGUUAUUUGUGGAGAUAACCGUCUUAGAAUGGUGAUUGUAGCGCUGCUAUGCUAGUGGUGUAUGUUAUGUUAUGCUAGCAGAGGAAUGAGGAAUGGCCCAUGCGAAGAGCAUGCUAAGUGACGCAAUUGCUGCAGUCUUGGAAGAGGACGCGCUGGUUAAAUCUGAGGUGUCUGAAGAACAAUCUGUAGAAACAUGUUCGGAGGAAAAGACGUUGUUGAAUGUUCCAACCUCCGAAAUGAAGGAAGAGAAGUCAACAGAGGAGCAGGCCACGUCAUUACCCUUGCACGGACAGCAGCCAAUGCAGGAUGGAGAAGCUGUAGGUGACCCGGGUUGUCAGAAUAAUGGCGAGGCGUCCGCACCCAAGACGGUUAACAUACCACCCUCCCCUAAAGACAAAAUAGUUAGUGCCAAUAAUCGGGUGAGAAGACCGCGAAUCGACACGUCGCUUGUUUUUUUGACGCAGAAGUUUCUGAAGAUGCUCCAACGUGCGAAGAAUGGCAUUUUGGACCUGAACGUCGUCUGCAGCCAACUCAACUCCUCCAAGAGACGCAUCUACGACGUCACAAACGUCUUGGAGGGGAUCCUCCUCAUCAAAAAGAAGUAUAAGAAUCACGUGCAGUGGAUGGGCGGGUGGCUGAACGAGAACACAGUGGAAGUGCUGAAACAGCUUUCUGAAGAAGAGAGGAUCCUGGAUGGGCUGAUCAAAACUUACACCCAAGACAUGCAUCGCUUGUGUUUGGAUGAGCAAAACGCCAGAUUGGCCUACUUGACCUACGAGGACAUUCAAAGCCUUCCCAGCUACAAAGAGCAGACUGUGUUUGUGAUCAAAGGCCCCCCGGACACACAAAUAGAAGUUCCGCACUUGAAAGAGAGCAUGGAGGUCCACGUGAAGAGCACCCAGGGCCCGGUGGAGGUGUUCCUGUGCUCGGACGAACCCGCGCCCAUGGAGGUACCCAUGGAGGUGACGGACCAAGUGGCGGCCAACGACGCCACGCCCAUCAGUAGUAACAAUACUGCCUCGUUAAUGAUAUCCUUUACGCCCAUGCCUCUCAAAAGUGAUCCUUGUUUUUAGAGGCCCGUCAAAACAUUCGCACCCUCACUCCUCCCCUUUGUACCGUCCUGUCGUCCCACUCUACAACCUGACCUCGGAAUCCACGUCAUAACACACAUUGUACCGGGAAAGUCUGACUUCAGGAUGACCUUUUUUUUUGUAGUGUUACGUAGGGGUGUCCUGAUCCGAUACCAACACAAUACCAAGUAUUGGACGAUAAUCGCUUGCGUCUAAAAUCGCCGUGAUAAGCUACGAUACAAGCAGUCCUGCAGCUGGACAUCCAGUUACCAUAUUUUCUGCUCUAUGGAGCGCACGGCGCAUCCACUAAAUUUGAGGAGAAACAUAUAUUUUUCCAUAUAUUAGCCGCGCCAGACUGUACGCCGCAGAUAUUGAGCAAACAACCUCAAAGUGCUACAGUGUAUUAAAAAAUAAAAAGAUAAUAAAAAUAAAAACUAGAACGCAUAAAUCUAAAAAAAAGGCUUUUUUAAAAAAAAAAAAAGAAAAAAAGAAGGGUUUUUAAGCCUUUUUUAAAAGCAUCCACAGUCUGUGGUGCCCUCAGGUGGUCAGGGAGAGCGUUCCACCGACUGGGAGCGGCGGAGCAGAAAGCCCGGUCCCUCCCAUUGUUCGUAGCUUUGUUCUCGGAGGUUGGAGGAGGUUAGCCUGUCCGGAGCGGAGGUGUCGUGUGGAGGAUUUGGGGGUGAGCAGUUCUUUGAGGUAGAGGGGGGCAUUACCAUGUAUAUACGUUGUGAAAUUACUUAUUUACACAGAAAUAUUCUGUAAAUGUUUAUUUACAUACCUUUGUUUAAAUGUUUCCAAACGGUAGUAAAACGGCUGAUCAAACAAAACAGAAGGCAUCGUCGUGGACCCACCAGCUGCGGAAGCUAGCUCACUGAUCGGCUAAACAGACUUAACUAUACAAACAAUACAAAAAUAAUUCAUCCAUCCAUUUUCUACCGCUUGUCCCUUCAAUUGUAAGUAAAUAAUACUAACACAAACUCUCGUAAACGUGUUAGCAUAUUAGCUAAUGCUAAAAACGCUAGCAUUACGAUAGCACGUACAAAUAUGCAUGAAAACACUCCUGCAGACGUCACACGUGGGACAGUUUAGCAAGUAAGAAUUGUUUUAGUUGUAUUGUAAAACUUACAAACGUUGUGUAGAGUGAUGAAUGAAGAAUCCCUUCUAGCAGAUUCUUACUGGCUUUACUUUCCGGGUCAAGGCAUUAAAACAGUAAGUACAUAUUCAACCCGCAACACCUGAAAUGAGCAAACUUGUCCAAAAGAUGGCGCCAUCGCACAAACAAUAACACACCGUUUCAUUGUUUCUGCUUGCGUUAAAUGAAAAUUGUUGAACACAAACCAUUGGCAAAGAAAAAUCCAUAAAUUAACCGCAUCGUUUUAUAAGCCGCAGUGUUCAAAGCGUAGGAAAAUAGUAGCGGCUUAUAGUCCGGAAUUUACAGUAAUAUCUAAAUGAUCUCCAAUAAGCACAAAAGUUAUUUUAUUUUAGUCAAGUCAUUUACCAGAGGUAAACAUGCUAAGCUAUCGGCUAGCAGCUACACAACAGCUAAGCACACAAUAGCACUCAAGCACGACGUACGUAAUAACAAUAUUGCAGUGUAAAUUAGCACAUUUUAUUUGCACAUACAAAGUCUCCAAGGCAGACGCAUAUUUAGAAAGUGUCCAGUAACAAACGUGUCCGCAUCGUUCACCUUUGCUGACUAUUAAUGACCACACCACUUUAUAUUUAAAGACAAAAGUCUAUCAAAAGGUUAGUGUGUCUCUUCACUCCAUCAAACCUUUUCUGACAUCCCACACUACAAAAUGAUCAAACUGUGGACUAUUUUCGUGGCGAUUGUGUUAGAUUUCAGAUUACUAUCGCAAGUGGAAGAAAAGUUGUAUCAGGACACCCAUAAUGUAAUAUGUUUGUACAAUGUACACAGUUUGGGUGUGAGGGGGUCAUCUUCCCGCCCUUAAUGGCAAAACCCGAUGAAGUGGUUGAUCUACUCUUGAGCGUUGCAGACGACAUUUUCAAAUGCACAUUUUGUAUUCCCUUUAAGCAGCUUUCUUUGGCUGGCUGGAGUUCAUGCACGGUUCUUUGCAACUUGUUUUUUUUGUAAAAUUCCACGGUUAAAAAAAAAAAAGACAAAUAAAAACACUCAAACAAAUAAUA